GUAAACUAUUAGGAAUGUUACCAUACAGUCGUCAUCACCAGUCUUUGCCAUUCAAUGAUGGUCUUGAGUUACUUGGUAUGAAAUGGGUGCCGAGGCUAACUGUGUCACAAGCAUUUAGGAAGUCACACUAUGUGAAGUGGGUGACAGACUAUGGAGGGAUAGUUUAAAUACACUUGCUGCAGAACCAUGUUUGGUGCUGGCUUUACGAGGAGUCAAUGCAUUUGCAAAGUUAGAGAGUGUGGUCCAACCUUGUCCGAGCCCCAAGUCUGGGCAGCAGUUCAACCUGGACAUGAUCCACACAAGGACAGCAGAAGAGGCUUACACAUAUAUCAGGCUGUUUUUCACAGAGAGAGAGCUGUUCUCAGAUACAUUAGCCAGACCUAUGUUACCAUAUAUAUCUGUCUUUCAAACAAAGCAUGACAUGCCCCAUUUUACCAGAAAGAUGAGGUAGAAAAGCAUGAGAAACACUUGACCUAUGGACCCUGUGUAUGUUUGUGUGUACAAAGAGAGAAUGCUGUUAAAAGAUUACUUGACCUGCUGGGACCAGAGGAUCCACAGAGCGCCCGCCGACACAGUCAGUUCUACUGGAGGGGAGUGUUUGGUGUGGAUCCUGUUAGUAAUGCAAUAUAUGCUUCUAAAACAUAUAUGGAUGCAGUAGAAGAUGAAAAGUUAUUUUCCCUGAUGGUUUGUGUUGUGAAGAAACAGAUAUACCUCUACAGGAAAUAAUAGCUUGCCCAGCAGUUGAUCAAGAAAUAGCUGUAAAAUAUUCUUCCCAUAGAGAUGUGGUUAUCAGUACUGCAGUAGAUUCUUCAAACACUGAUGCUUCCCAUAUGUUGUUACUACAGACAAAAUGUAUUGUUCUGACACCAUUGCUGAUGAGGCAGCUAGGAUCUCACCAUGGUUACAUGGAUGUUAUUGACAGUCUAAUUGCUCAAGGGUUUGAGUUUGUUGGAGGUAGAAUGGUAUGGUUCACCCAGGAACACUUCUUGUGCUCAAUAGAAGCUGCAAGUUUCCAGCAGGUUCCAAUGCUGGUAUCCGGUCCAUGUUUAGUACUGGCUUUACAACGAGACAAUGCUGUUCUAGCAUUUGAUACAAUACUCAGGGAAACAUUCAGUACAGAAAGCAGCCAGGGUAAAUCAGUGACUGACUCACUACUGCAAAAAUAUGGCAGACUUAUUCUCAGACUGUUGGAUCUAAAACAGAUGCAAGAUUCAGACUCUGAUUUGGACCUUCAAAGUUGUCUGGGCAAUGCAGUUUCUAAUAUCUCCUCUAUAAGGGAAACCUUCAGUCCGAAGAAACGCAAACCCCGGAUAAUGAAGGAAAAAAAGGUUCCUGGACCAAGCUGCGGAGUGUCUAGAAUACUUCCUUAUUUGUUGCCACCAGCAUCAAAACCUCCCAGAUUUAGAGGGGAGGCUGAUAAGGAUUUGAUUAAAGACCAUUGUGAUGCUGGCUACGGAUAUCCCCAGAAUCCAGGGCAGACAUCAGGUAGACCAAAGUCUGUAUCAUUAUCUUACGAUAUGGAUACUGAUGAAUUUUACCAAUUUUCUGUGGGGCUUUUCCCCAACCUGCAGGGGAAGGUUGUAUCCAUGUACAAAAUGGAUAAGCAGCGGCGACUGAUAACAGUGACCCCAAGCUUGCCAUCAGCACUUAGGGAUAAUUCAUACACAGGAGUCACCUUUUUCAAGGGUGAUGAACAUACUGAAGACCCUGGACCAGUAGUGGGCAAUCCUAAUCCUAUAGAACCUAUUGCUGAGAGACGGGCGAUAAUUGCUGUCCAGGACCAAGCUUUUGAAGAAGCUUUGGCAGAAGAUAGAAAAAAGGCUCAAAUAGAGGAUGAGAAAAAAAUACAGUUGCAGCAACAAAAACAAAGACUGAAGCAGAUACAUGAAGACAGUUUGCGCAUCACUGGGGAAGAACCUAUGGGUGGGGUGGCUAUAAAAGUGUGAGCAGAAGGAAAUGUGUUGGGUCAGAAGCGAUUUAGGUUCACUUCUGAUGUUCGAGCCAGAGUUGAACCCUUACCUGCAGCCAUACUCCCAGUCCAUGAUACAGAGGAACACAAUGAAACAGAUGCAGUCUUUGAUGAUACAGACACUCCUACAGUAUCAUUUCAUCCACGCCAUAG